AUGGGUUCUUCAAGAUUGCUCAUCUUCUUCAUUGCACUUCCUAUUAUCUUGACCCUUGUUGCUCCUCCUGCCGUUGCUCAAAUUGAUGACGGUGUGUGCACUUACACAGCCGACUUCUGCUGGAGAUGUUCCAAUAUUGGCACCUACAAUGAUGGCAGCAUCUACCAAGAAAACCUCAACAACCUCCUCUCUUCCUUCUCAUCCAACAAUACACAAAUCAAUUAUGGCUUUUACAAUUCAUCAAUGGGACAAGAGCCCAACAAAGUGAAUGCAAUUGCAUUAUGCAGAGGAGAUGUGUCCCUCAACGACUGUCACACUUGUGUCAACGACUUGUACUUAGUAUGA